CAGGCAGCGGGUUUCCGGCCCUCUGGUUAUUUUAAGGCGCGUGCGGUCCAGGUCCCCUGACACCGUGCGCGCCUUUCUCCGGCUUCUGCUCCCCCAGCUCUUCUUUGAGCCCCGACAACAUGGGUCCCUGGUCCCGCUCCUUGCCCGCUGCCCUCCUGCUGCUCCUCUGCGGUGUCAGCACCUCGCAUUGCGAUACACCCGCCAACUGCACCUACCCUGACCUGCUGGGCACCUGGGUCUUCCAGGUGGGCCGCGGAGGAUCCCGGCAGGACGUCAACUGCUCGGUGAUGGGACCACCAGAAAAAAAAGUAGUGGUGCACCUUAAGAAGUUGGAUACAGCAUAUGAUGACUUUGGCAAUUCUGGCCAUUUCACCAUCAUUUACAAUCAAGGCUUUGAAAUUGUGUUGAAUGACUACAAAUGGUUUGCCUUUUUUAAGUAUAAAGAAGAGGGUGGCAAGGUGACCAGUUUGUGUCAUGAGACCAUGAUUGGGUGGGUGCAUGAUGUGCUGGGCCGGAACUGGGCUUGUUUCACCGGAAAGAAGAUGGAAACUACCUUUGAGAAUGUGAACACAGCACACCUUAAGAGUCUCCAGGAAAAGUAUUCUAAUAGGCUCUACAAAUAUAAUCACGACUUUGUGAAAGCUAUCAACACUGUCCAGAAGUCGUGGACUGCAACCACAUACAUGGAAUAUGAGACUCUUACCCUGACAGAGAUGAUGAGGAGAAGUGGGGGCCACAACCGGAGAAUCCCCAGGCCCAAACCUGCACCACUGACUGCUGAAAUACAUGAGAAGGUUUUACAUUUGCCAACAUCUUGGGACUGGAGAAAUGUUCGUGGUACCAAUUUUGUUACCCCUGUUCGAAAUCAAGCAUCUUGUGGAAGCUGCUACUCAUUUGCUUCUAUGGGGAUGAUGGAAGCAAGAAUCCGUAUACUAACCAACAAUACUCAGACCCCAAUCUUGAGUCCUCAGGAGGUGGUGUCUUGCAGCCAGUAUGCUCAAGGCUGUCAAGGUGGCUUCCCAUACCUCAUCGCGGGAAAGUACGCCCAAGAUUUUGGGCUGGUGGAAGAGGCCUGCUUCCCCUACACAGGCUCGGAUUCUCCAUGCAAACUGACGGACUGUUUUCGUUAUUACUCAUCCGAGUACCACUAUGUGGGAGGGUUCUAUGGGGGCUGCAAUGAAGCCCUGAUGAAGCUCGAGCUGGUCCAUCAUGGGCCCAUGGCAGUUGCCUUUGAAGUCUAUGACGACUUCCUCCACUACCGCAAGGGGAUCUACCACCACACUGGUCUCCAAGACCCUUUUAACCCCUUUGAGCUGACUAAUCACGCUGUUCUGCUGGUGGGCUAUGGCACUGAUCCAGCCUCUGGGCUAGAUUACUGGAUUAUUAAAAACAGCUGGGGCACCAGCUGGGGAGAGGAUGGUUACUUCCGGAUCCGCAGAGGAACCGACGAGUGUGCAGUUGAAAGCAUAGCAAUGGCGGCCACACCAAUCCCUAAAUUGUAAGAGGUACCUCCCAGCACUUCAUAUUGACCACCAUCAGUCACGGACGGGGAUGAUUUAUUCACUGAUUAGAGACUUUUACAGCAGUAAUUUCAGAAUAUUACAAAUAGGUUCCUGUGAAGAUUUUUGCCUUUGAAAUUACAACCACUCUUGCUUUUAAUACACCUUCCCAUCAACCACGCCUACUUUUUCCAAAGUAUUCACAUAAAUCAAGUUUUCACAGAUGAUUGUGAGCUAUGCAGUAAUGGAUUUUGCGAAUCAUUUCUAAUUCAAACAUGCCAUAUAUUUUUUUGAAAAUCUGUAUGAAAAUCACAAGAAAAUAUGACAAUUAUUAUUAAAUUUUUAGAAACUUU